AUGCAUCCACACCACCAGCUGCAACAACAUCACCAUCAUCAGGCAUCCCUCUCUCAUUAUCCUUCGCCACCGAACGUGAACCAGCUCCCCCUUGGAUCGCCAGUCGGUCAGCUCCUAACCAGUCAUUGGAAUGAACAGUUGAUCAAGUGCGAGAUGAUACGGUCCUCUCGCUCGCCUCAUCAUCGAGCGAGAGCAAACGCAAUUGCCUCGCGCACUGUGACCAAGUCUGCCGUACCGAUCACCAAUCCCAACCUUAUCAAGGCUCCGCCAGAAACCAACGGGAAGGACCCAGAGACCAAUGGCCGCGCUACGCCGAAUCCCUCAGAAAUGUCGCCUAGUCAUCAAGCGAACCACCCCUCUUCCACCGCAGCUCCGGUCAAAGAGACACCUAGACCAACAGCAGCGCGCCCGCCGCAGGGGUCGUGGAACUCGCUUGAUAUGGGUGGCAUACAGAUCAAGAACAUACCGCCAACAUCGGGCCUCUUCUCUUUCACAUUCCUUACCAACCUCUACCUUAAUCACAACGCCCUCACAUCCGUGCCCCCACAACUCUCCAAGCUUCGGCAUCUGGAACUUCUGGACCUCUCAGGGAACCAGCUGACAGCGAUACCGCCGGAGCUGGGGAUGAUCACGUCGUUGAAGGAGUUUUACGUCUUCGACAACCAAAUCACCACCAUACCGCCGGAGCUGGGUACGCUGCACCAGUUGCGCACUCUAGGCAUCGAGGGGAACCCUCUGGAUAUGUCCAUCAAGUCGGUCAUUCAGAAGGAUGGCACCCAGGCGCUCAUAGCCAACCUCCGCGAUUCAUGUCCCGUCCCCGCGCCGGCACCAGACCGCGAGUGGAAGGACGUGAGUCUGCCAUCGGACCCCAUCCUAGAUCACAACGCAGAGACGUUCAGCGUGCUCUGCUACAACAUCCUAUGCGACAAGUACGCGACGGAGAAGUUGUACGGGUACACGCCGUCUUGGGCGCUGGCGUGGGAUUAUCGGAAGGAGCUGAUCCUGAAGGAGCUUGUUGCACAUCAGGCCGAGUUCGUCUGCUUGCAAGAGAUCGAUGUCGGGCAGUUUGAGGACUACUUCUUGAAGCAUAUGAUGGAGCAUGGGUACGAGGCGGUCUUCUGGCCGAAGCCACGAGCACGGACGAUGGGCGAGGCAGAGCGAAGAACUGUCGACGGGUGCGCGACCUUCUACCGGUCUGAUAGGUUCAAACUCGUUGAGAAGCACCUGGUGGAGUUGAGCGCCGUUGCAAUGCAGCGUUCCGACUUCAUCAAGACGGACAUCAUGUUCAAUCGACUUUUCAAUAAGGAGUACAUCGCCGUCGUUUGCUGCUUCGAGGACCGCUCGACUGGCACGCGCUUCAUCGUCGCCAACGCCCACAUGUUCUGGAACGCCGACUUCUGCGACGUCAAGCUCGUGCAGGUCGGCAUGCUCAUGGACGAGCUCGAGAAGAUUGCGCACGCGUUCGCGCGGUAUCCGCCGCCUCUCAAGACCGAAUCUGGUCAGCCGCCACCUUCGUACUCCGACGGCACGAAGAUCCCCACCAUCGUGUGCGGAGACUACAACAGCGUGCCGCGCUCAGGAGUGUACGAGUACCUGUCCGCGGGGAGCUUGCCUCCAGAUCACCCGGACUUCCUGGGACACUCGUAUGGGCGGUACACGGAGGAGGGGAUGCGUCAUCGGUUCGGUCUGCGUUCAGCAUACGCGCUGCCGGGGCCGGGACCUGGGGCGGAACUGCUGCCGAUGACGAACUACACGCCGAGCUUCCAGGGUGUGAUCGACUACAUCUGGUACUCGGCGCCAACAGUCGCAGUGCAGAAGGUCUUGGGUGAGGUGGAUAGGUCAUAUCUGGAGAAGGUCGUUGGGUUCCCGAACGCCCACUUUCCAUCAGACCAUCUUGCCAUCCUCGCGCAGUUCCGCGUGAAGUCGACCCGUAGUUGA